AUGUGUUCGUCUCCUAGUUCUCCAAGUCUAGAGAAGAUAAUGGAACGUCUCGAUGGCUUAGCGCUUCAACUAGUUCCACUCACUACCCUUCUGUCCGAGGUUCAGAGCAUCAAAGGGGACAUAUCUGAUAUUAAAAAAACUGUCCAUGAUAACACUGAGAAAGUAAAUAGGCUUGAGUGCAGGAUCAUGACCGUUGAGAAAUCUAUCUCCGAUAUGAAGAAAUCUCAUUCCGAGAUCAAAGACCUCAAGGAGAAGGUUCUCCAAUUGGAAACAGAUCUCAAUUCUAAAGAGCAAUGGCUAAGAACCAAUAAUGUGGAAAUUAAAGGAGUCCCACAAAAGCCGAACGAAAAUCUUUAUGAUUUAUUAGGAAAAAUUGGCACUAAAAUAUUGUAUCCAGUGUCCAAAGAAAAAGUUAACUUUAUAACCAGAGUACCAGUACGCAAGGGAAACAACACCAAAAACAAACCAAUUAUUAUUUCUUUCAUAAACCGAUAUGCUAAAGAAGACUUCGUUGCAGCCGGGCGUGCCUAUAAGGGUCUUAAUAUAUCGGACGUAGGAUUCGAAGGAAAGGAGCACAUCUUUAUUAACGACCAUCUUACAGCUCGGAAUAAACAGCUCCUUUCACAGACCAAGGCACUAGCAAAGGAAAAAAACUACAAGUAUAUUUGGGUACAGCAUGGCAAAAUACUGGUGCGUUUCACCGACAGUUCUCCCCCUUUACAUAUAAGAUCAGAGAAAGACUUAUCAAAAAUCAAUUAG